UCUCUCUCCUACUCUGCAAAUUCUUGUUUGAUUCUAAUUCUUCAUUCUCUGUCCAUAAAUCUUCUUCCCUUUUCAACAAACCAUUAAUCUUAUUCAUUUCCACUCCCCUUUCUCUCUUUCUCUCAACUUUUUUUUUUCUUCUUUUUUCUGAUCCCCAAUUCUCUCAUCUUUAGGGACCCAAUUCAAAACAACUACAUGAAGAAGUUCAUAUUGAAAUUGGAUUUGCAUGAUGAUAAAGAGAAAAGAAAAGCUCUAAAGAGUGUAUCCACUCUCUCAGGGAUUGAUUCAAUCACGAUGAACAUGAAGGAUAGAACAUUGAUAGUUGUCGGAACUGUUGAUCCAAUCAGUGUUGUGAGCAAACUUAGAAAGUUUUGGUCGACAGAUAUAAUAUCAGUGGGUCCCGCUAAAGAGCCAGAGAAGAAAGAAGAACCAAAGAAGGAAGAAGGUAAGAAAGAUGAAGCAAAGAAGGAUGACAAGAAAGAAGAACCGAAGAAAGAAGAAGAGAAGAAGGAAGAAGGGAAAAAAGAAGAAGCUCAAAAGGAAGAACAGAAAAAGAAAGAAGAAGGUGGUAAGGAAGAGAAGAAAAGCGCACCACCACAACAAAUGAUCCCGAUGCGUAUGCCACCACAAUAUAGACCAUAUUACCCUCCAAUGAACGCCUACUAUAAUAACUACCAACCGAAUUACCAACCACAUUACCAACCACCUUAUCAACCACAUCACCACAGUAUAGAGGAGAAUCCAAAUGCGUGUGUUAUCUGUUGAAAUAAUUGCACAUCAAGAAUACUUUUUCAAGCAACAAGUUUUGGAUCGAAAGCCGAAAUACUAUCUUGACCUAUAGGUCAAGGGGUAAAAGUUGUAUAUUGUUCGGGGUUUUCAUAAUUUUUGGGUGGUGUCAUUAUGCAUUAUCUUGAUGCAAAAGUUAAGGCACAAACGCCUAAAAAGCAUAGAAGUUUUUUUUUUCUUUUGUAUUUUGUAUAAAAGAACGGUAUGCGUUAUUGGGAUUUUGUUUAAGUUGUCUAGGAGAUGUAUUAAAUAAGAAAUUUUGGUUGUACUUUUCAAUAAUGUAUAAUGUAAAUAUGUAAAUAGAUUAAGUUUGAAUCUUAAUUAUUAUCUUUCUGGUA